GUCCUUCAAAGUUGACAAAUGAAUAAUAAUUUAACAGAAUAUUUUAAAAAUCGUAACAAAAAAAGAAAAUAUAAUCAAGUGUUGUGAAAUCUUCUCUUUAAUAAGCAUAACUAACUAACUAAUCGCCUAAACUUUGUCUGUGUGUUGUGUUUCAUGAAAUAUUCUUGAAAAACGUUGUUUUCGUCUUUUUUUUUUUGUUCGUUUAAUUUUUGCUUUUAAAUCCAAAACGAAGACUUUUCAUAAUUGUGCCACCAGUGUAGUAUGCGAUUUGGUUCACAGUGGAUUCAACGAAUAAAAUGGCCGUUGGACCGACGGAGGGCAAACAACAACCUCCAUCAGAGACAUUCUCGCCUGCCCCACAUCAGAUUAUAGCACCGAGUCCAAUUUUAGCUGUACCAACAUUGGCCUUCUCUGCGGCACAAGUGGAAAUCGUUUGCAAAACCCUGGAGGAUUCCGGCGAUAUUGAACGCUUAGCCAGAUUCCUCUGGAGUCUGCCGGUAGCCUUGCCUAGCAUGCAUGAAAUAUUAAAUUGCGAAGCCGUACUCAGGGCAAGAGCCGUUGUCGCCUAUCAUGUUGGUAACUUUAGGGAACUUUAUGCAAUAAUAGAAAAUCAUAAAUUUACAAAAGCCUCCUAUGGCAAAUUACAAGCAAUGUGGCUGGAAGCUCAUUAUAUUGAGGCGGAAAAACUUCGUGGACGUUCUCUAGGUCCCGUUGAUAAAUAUCGUGUACGUAAAAAGUUUCCUUUACCGCCUACCAUAUGGGAUGGUGAACAGAAGACGCAUUGCUUUAAAGAACGCACACGUAGUCUGCUACGUGAAUGGUACCUACAGGAUCCGUAUCCGAAUCCAACGAAAAAACGUGAACUAGCCAAAGCGACAGGUUUAAAUCCCACACAAGUCGGCAAUUGGUUUAAAAAUCGCCGCCAAAGAGAUCGAGCAGCGGCUGCUAAAAAUAGAUUACAACAUAAUCAAAACUCUUCUGGUAUGGGUUGUCGAAGUCGUCGUCCCGACGGUGCACCGUCACCAACUCCCUCUGACACUUCGGAUUCGGAUAUAUCGUUAGGAACGCAUUCCCCGGUUCCGAAUAGCCUACAGCUGCAACAUAGUCCUGGUUCUACAUCGAACGGAGCUAAUGAUCGUGACGAAAGCCUUAGUGUCGACGAUGAUAAACCGCGCGAUCUAUCCAGUUCCCUAUCCUCGUCCAGUAUACCUGCUUACGCGAAUACUGUUAACGCUAGUAUGUCGCACGCUUGCUUGCCCGCUUUCAAAUUGGAUGCCGCCACCAGUCUCUUUAAUGCCGGUUGUUAUCUGCAAAGUUUUACAAAUCUAAAAGAAAUGACGCAACAAUUUCCCAUACAACCGAUCGUUAUAAGACCUCAUCCUCAUCUACCGCAAGCAUUGGCUGGCUUAAAUGGCGGACAUUUACAUCCAAAUUACGCCGCUGCGGCUUAUGCGGUCGAUUGUUCAGCGGCUGCGGCCGCAGCUGCUGCAGCUGGACUCCCACCCCCGCCAGCGACGUCUAGCCAGCAACAUCAACAACAGCAAGCAACACCGAAGAUACGCGUCAAUUCACCAGAGAAACUUAACUCGGCUGCUCAUAGUGUUGCGGCAAGUUUAACGGCUAUUAGCCACUCGCAGCACAGUGUUCAUCCGCCGCCAACAUCAACGUUACAAGAUUACAAUAGUAAUUCGCCGACAACUACUAAUACUACUACUACAACAGCCUAUCAUCAUACGGGACAAUUAUUGCAUCGACCCUUUUCAACAUCGCCUGAUAUUGCACACAGUGCGCCCGAAAUAACAUGAUAUCGGCCGAAAGUAUAGAACGAUCGACGUACGAUAAAAAACGCUACCUUUGCGUUAACAAAUCCUUUAUUCGUUGAAUAUAACACAACUAAUGUCCUUUAUCAGCUGAUAGUUUCACUUUUAAAGAAUAUUUAAAGCAAUCAUUAAAACACAUUGUUAGAGAAUAUUUACCUAAAUCCAUACACAAAACAUAACUAACUAUACAUCAAGUAAAAUAA